AUGACGAAAACAAUGAUACCGAAUUAUGAUUCUCGAGAUGAUACAAGAACACAAAGACGUCAUUCGUGGGGAAGUGAAUUUGAUUAUCAUUGUCCCGAAUUACCGAUCGAUGACAACCAAGAUCAAUUAAGGUAUGAAGAUUUCUCAUCAUCCGACGAUAAUGAAAUCACAAACAAAAACAGCCUACCCUUGGAAUUUGAUCUUAUUGCUGUUUGUCAUAAUGUAGCCAAACAAAAAUCACCACACAUCGAAAUCGAAAAAGAUUGCAUCGAAAUCGAAGAACAGCACAAUUCUAACUCAACAUCAAAUACACUCAAAAUGGGUCAAACAUCAUCGUUAAAUUCUUCAUCUUCAACAUCUUCUAAACCAAAAUUAUCCUUAACAUGGGUGCUACGAAAUAAUACAAUACCAAAAAAUAUUGUACUAAGCCCCGAACCACCAAUAAAAUUUCAAUAUAGUAAAAUUCGUCGAAAAAAUUCAUCCCAGAAUGAUGCUCCAAAACAAGAGGAGAAAAAAAAUACCAAAGUUAAACCAACGGGGACGAUAAGUCCGACAAAUGAAGGUGGCAAUUUUAUUCGACGUAAUUCAUCGAAAAUAUCGAAAAAACAAAUUAAAGAAAAAUUAGCAGCUGUAAAUGCUUAUUACGAUGAAACCACAGCUUUAAAUACCAAAGGUUUACCAACUCCAACAACUUUUGAUCAUGGAUUUUUAUUAAAGAAACGUACAUCUUCAGAACCAACGCUUGUACAUUCAUCAGAUAAACGACAUCGUGUUAGAGUGAGACAUAAACGUCGAUCACGUAGUCGUAUUGAACAAACAAAGAUUUCAUCACGAUUUGGUUAUGAUAUUGAAGAUAUUGAUUCAUUUUUAACUAAGGCUUCAUUAAAAAAACCUGCCAACAUUCCCGUUGUAUUAUCAUAUCGCAGCAUGUUAUAUCAAACUCAAUACGACGAUUAUCAAGAUGAAAUACCAUUACCUUUAGGAAUGGUAGUGAAUGCAGUAUUUAAAAAAGAAUCAUGGUUGUACGUUCAAACACCACACGGCGAAGAAGGGUAUAUCAGUUAUUCGGCAUGUUUACCGUUAGGUAUAAUACCACAAGAUGAAGAUUCAAGUUCACCAUGUUGGGAAACAAGCACUGAUUUAUUCCCUCGACCAUGUGGUAACAUGACUGACUCUGAGAAACUAACACAAUCCGAAUGCAGUAACUCUAAGUGCAAGCGAAAAGUUCGAAAAACUACAACAACUUCGGCAUCAGUUUGUGGGGAACGUAGUGUGGAUAGAUUAUAUUUACGUGCAACGCAUAAUUCACAAGAACGUGAUGUUAAAAGACAAACUUUAUUAGUUAUUGAUACAGAUUAUGAAGGUACUCGAAAAAAUACGAUUUGUGUUUCGGCUGGUGAUGUUGUUGCGUUAAUUAGUGCCAAUAUAAAAGGUUGGUUUUGGGUACGAACCAGAGAUGGAAAUGAAGGUUUUAUUCCAGCUUCAAUUGCUGGUCAUGGAUAUUUAUAGCCAAUUUUUCAAAAACAAUCUUCUUAUUGGAUUUAUAUAUUUUUAUCAGCGUACAUUUUCAGGUCAAUUAAGGCCUCUCUAGAUCCGAAGUGGAUACCAUCACGUAUUUAAUGGUCA